GCCUAGAUCUUGCUAAGCUCACCCUCACGUGGUGUUGCACUCUCUUUAAAUGACCCCUCACUGCCAAAACACAUCCAGCUGGAAGCUGAUCAAUAGACAGCCCUGACAACAAGAUGGCAUUAAGGUUUGAGGCAUCCUGUCCUGAUGGCCUAUGUCCAGGAUGGAGUGUCAUCCUGAAAGGAGAGACCCCAGCAGAAGCCAGCAAGUUUGAGAUCAAUUUCCUGUGUGACCACGAUGACAGAAUAGCCUUCCAUUUCAACCCACGCUUCACUGAGUCAGAUAUCAUCUGCAACUCCUACAUGGCCAACCACUGGGGGCAGGAGGAGAGGUGCAGCAGCUUCCCCCUUGGGAUAGAAGAGCCUUUCCAGAUUGAAAUUUACUCUGACAAUGAUAACUUCCAUGUUUACAUUGACGAAACCAAGGUGAUGCAGUAUAAACACCGUGUGGAAGACCUGAAGACCGUCACGAAAGUACAAGUGGUCAAUGACGUCAAUAUCUCCUCUUUAGAGAUCACCAAAAAGCAUUUUUAAGUGGUGGGCAAAAGGCUAAACAGAUGAUUCAUUUGGAGUGAGCCUUGUGUUUGUUUAUGGUGGGUUAUUGUUUUUGCAUUUCUGUUUACACACCUUUCAAUACUCAUAAUUAUCCUCUUGGGUUAAUUAUCCUCUGUAAAGGUGUGAUUAUUGGCAUUGACAUGCCUUACCUAAACUUCAUAUUCAUAUGAAUUUGUGAAUAAAUGGAAGGUUUGAAAAUA